GGGCCCCUCCCCAAAGCAAAUCAUGAAUUAGCUGAGGUUUAAGUCAGUCCCUCUCUACUGUUGGCUGAACUUCUGCUGGACCGACCUUCUCCAGACGCGGGACAGGGGAGUAAAACAGUUCCAGUACCAACUCUUUAGGUGAUUCCUUAGACUCUCCUUAAAAACACCGAGGAAGCUCCCAGAAAGUGACUCAUGUCUCUGCUUACCCACAUAUUAAUCUGCAUCUUUGGCUCUGGCUCUUGGGUCGCCAUCAAUGGCUUAUGGGUAGAAUUACCUCUGCUGGUAGAAAGGCUACCCGAAGGUUGGAAUCUACCUUCCUACAUCACAAUCAUCAUCCAGCUAGCCAAUGUGGGACCCCUCCUCAUCACCCUGCUCCACCGGUUUCGGCCUGGCUACGUUUCUGAAGUUCCUAUCAUCUAUGUUCUGUUGGCCGUGGGCACGAUUGCCUGCUUCCUCUUUGCUUUCCUGUGGGAGAAGACGUCAAUGGUGGCUGGUGUUUCCCAUAGCAUAGCCUUCCUGAUCCUUACCUUUAUCCUGUCUCUGGUGGAUUGCACCUCCUCUGUCACUUUUCUCCCCUUCAUGGCCAACUUGCCAGCCCAUUACAUGAAUACCCUUUUUGUUGGGGAAGGACUGAGUGGUCUCCUCCCUGCCAUAGUGGCUCUGAUCCAGGGCUCAGGGACUAAAACUUGUGCCCAAGUUACCAAUAGCUCCAUAAUCACUGAACCAGCUAACAUCACUAAAAUUCCCUUCAUCGCUGGGGAUGUGACCAUGAGCCCUGACCUCGUUACUAGAACACCUCAGCCAGAGAAUUGUUACCUCUCAGCCAAUUUUUCCCCCUUUGUCUUCUUUCUCCUGCUGUCAGUCAUGAUGGCCAGCUGCCUGGCUGCCUUUUAUGGCCUGACACGUAUCUCUAAGCGAUGGGUAUGCUCUGAGGACCACCUGGCUAACCAAGUGACUCUGAAGUCCUUCAAGUCCCAAGAACCCUCAGAUGGCAAAAGUGACAAAGACAACUGCCCCUCACUGGACCUGCCUGAGGAGAACAAGACUGCCGUCUGGUCACGAUCCCAAUUAGUCUUCAUCUAUAUUCUGGUGGCUUUUGUGAAUGCCCUCACCAAUGGAAUCUUCCCCUCUAUUCAUUCCUUUUCCUGCCUGCCCUAUGGUUCCAGGGCCUACCACCUGUCUUCAGUGCUUAGCGUUAUAAUUUACCCCGUGGUUUGCUUCGUUUCUGUGUUCCUACCUGAAAUAUCUCUCUCAUGGCUGGGGAUGGUCACAGUGGUGGGAACCGGUUUUGGAGCAUACAACAUGGCCACGGCUGUCCUGAGUCCUUGCCCCCCUUUGAAGGGCUCCCCUUGGGGAGAGGCCCUCAUUAUUAUCUCUUGGGUGACAUAUCAUGGGAUCCUGAGCUAUGUGAAGGUGAUAACUGGGGUGUACCUGCGCAAGGUGAGCCACAGCGCUCUCCUGUGGUGUGGUGCAGUGAUACAACUAGGCUCUGCAAUUGGAGCAAUACUCAUGUUUCCUCUUGUCAACGUGUUGCAAAUUUUUAAGUCCUCCUAUGGAAGCAGCGUGCAGUGUCCCAUCUGAGCGUGCCCUAGGGCAACUUUUCUGGGACCAGGAGAGCCAAAGCCAUGGAAAGGCAAUCACAUCCCCAUCCAAGUUUCCCUCAGACACUGGCACAGGUACUCUCAGGUCUGCUUUCUCUACUCUAUUCUCACCCUAGUAACAUUAAAGCUUCCACAGUUUUAGCCAUCUGGGAAGACUCCACUCCCAUCUCCAAGAGUCAAAGCCACAAAUUCCACAAUUAGCUAGUCAGGACUUCAGUCACUGUUCUGGGAAACCAUUGUUAUUGGCAUUUGGAUAUAUGCUCUAUCUCUGGGCAAAAAAAGUAGGUUAGCCCACAGUCUUCAGUUGCAUAUGGACUAGCCUAUUGUUAACUGGUUAAGUGACUUGCCUAGGGUCAUUCAACCAGUAUAUGAUGGAGGGCUUCCUAAUUUUAGCUUUCUUUUUAAAUUUUUUAAAAUUCAGUAGUAUUUUAUUCU